AGAGAGAUACCGACAUAUCCGUAUCCGUCACGAUGGUUGCUCCGAAGCCCGCCGCUAAGGCCGCCAAGGCGAAGAAGGGCGCGAAGAAGGUCUCCCGCAAGAGCCCCGAGUUCACAACCCUGCGCAAGAGCUGCGCUCCUGGCGUCAUCGCCAUCAUCCUCGCCGGUCGCUUCCGCGGUCGCCGCGCGGUGAUCCUGAAGCAGCUGCCGAACAACGGCCCCCUUGUCGUCUCGGGCCCGAUGAAGUACAACGGUGUGCCGAUUCGUCGCAUCGACUCCCGCUACGUCAUCGCCACCACCACGAAGGUGGACAUGUCGAACGUCGACACGCAGGCCAUCACGCCGGAGGUGUUCCAGCGCCCCAAGGCGGAGAAGCCCGCGAAGAGCGAGGGCGACUUCAUGGGGGACAAGCAGAAGGCCAAGGCGGAGAAGGCGGCCAAGAAGACCUCCAAGGCGGAGAAGAAGACCGUCGUGUCCGACGCGCGCGCCGCGCUGCAGAAGAAGAUCGACGCCGCUCUCAUCGAGGCCAUCAGGAAGGAUGCGCAGGGCAAGGAGAAGGCCGGCUACCUGCGCUCCGUCUUUACGGUGAAGCCCGGUGAUACCCCGCACCGCUGGAACUGGUGA